AGGGGGGCAGCAGCAGCAGUGGGGAAAGGGAGAGAGAAAGCACGACAAGCACACCAGCACCUGCAGUGAGGCGGCUAUCUGGCAGGAAGCGAGGAUACAUGGAAGGCUCUGCCUCUGCAGCAGGUCUGCUCGUCUCACCCCCGGCGAAACGACCCUCCACUCUCCUCCCUCCUCUCCCUCCUGCCAGCCUUGCUGUGCCUCUGCGGGUUCCUAUGGGGGCUGGCACUGCCACAGCUGCUGCAGAAGGAAAAGGUCUGGACUCAGAAGGGCCGGAUGUUCACAAGGAAGAAGCACAUUCGUUGGGUAUUUUUGAGAAUUCUCAAAAAUACCCUGAAAAAGCACCUUCGUCGUUGCCUGAUGCUCGCACGUCCGCUGAUGCUGCGGAUGCCUCUGGUAGUGCUGUUGCGGUGUCAGAAAAGCCUGUUGCGGGUUCAGGUGGAAGUUCAGGUGGUGCUGGGGCAGCAGAGGACAGUCAGAACCUGGCAGUUGCCCCAGCCACGUCAGCAGCAAUCCCAGCAGCAACCGCACCAGCACCAGCACCAACAGUAGUACCUUCCCCAGCAGUACCUCCCCCAACUUUAGACGGCAUAGUCACCUCCUGGCUAAAGCAGCAGCACCGGCAAUGCCCCGCGCCCAUCACCACCCUCCCCCCGCUCUCCCUCCUCCACCCGCACACCUGCCCCGAGCCUCUCCGCUCCCUCGACGCCCCUUUCAGCAUCACCCGCCGCCUCUCCGCCCGCCAACGCCACCCCCCGUAUGGAGGCUGGCAGGGCAAGCGGCUGGAUAGGCAGCUGGUUUUCAGCCGGUUCCGGCCCUGGCGGACGUGUAGGGAGGACGCUGUAAUGAUCACUAGUGCUUGUUUCCUGCUAGGGGCGGGGGGGGGGAGUGGGGGGAGCGGCGGGUGGGGGUUUGGAGGGGGGGUUGGAGGGGGCAGGAGGUGUUUGGCCGUGGGGACGACGGCGGGGGAGGUGAAGCUGUUUGACGUGGAGGGGGGGGUGGUGGUGGACGGCUAUGCGUGCCACCAGUCCCCUGUUGUUUCUGUGUUCUCAGCGCCUAGACCCGGAUACCAUGAUGAUGAUCGGGGGGGGUGCGGCGGACGAGGAAGGGGCGGGGAGGGAUCACGAGAUGGGGCGGCAGCAGCAUCACCAGCAGCAGCGUCAGCUUCGGCAGCCUAUGGAGCAGCGUCCUGCCUCCUCCUCUCAUCAACACGCACAGAAGUGAAGCUGUGGGACGCCAGCGACCUCUCCCUCGGCCCGCUCCACACCUUCCCUGCGUGCCGCCUGGGCCGGUUCAGCCACUCGGCUCGCACCAUCGCUGCAGUGAGGACGGAGGGACAGGCGAGGGAGUCCAGGGAGGUGCUUCUCUACGAUGUUGCAACAGGCAGGCUGCAGGAAACGCUUAGGGAAGCACCAAUUGCUGCAGAUGCCUUUGCUGCUCUGGGUGGUGCUGCCGGUGGUGGUGGUGCGAGUGGUGCGCUUGGUGGGAUUGGUGGGGGGGGUCUGGGUGGUGCUCGCGGUGGAAAUGGUGGUUUUGGCGGUCUCUUCGGCGGUUUUGGCGGGUACGGAGGGUUUGGAGGGUUUGGGAUGGGGCUCGCAGGGGCAGGAGGAGCCGCUACUACUGGUGCCGCCGCCGCUGCUGCUGCUGCUGCUGGUGUUCCUAUAAUGGGUGGAGGAGGGGUGGGAGUGAGCCGCGCGCUAGGGUCGCAGGCAGUGCAUUUCGCCCCUUUGGACGACCUGCUGCUGUGGAACGGGUAUCUGUGGGACCCCAGGAUCAGUGAGCCCGUGCACCGCUUCGACCAGUUCUCGGAUUAUGGGGGCGGGGGCUUCCACCCCUCAGGCAACGAGGUGAUAAUCAACUCGGAAGUGUGGGAUCUGCGAACAAGGAAGCUUCUCCGCAGUGUACCCUCUCUCGACCAGACAUGCAUCACCUUCAACACCACGGGCGAAGUCAUCUACGCCACGCUGCGCCGCACCAGCGACGACCUCCUGGCCGCGCUGCACGGGCGGCGGCGCAAGCACCCACUCUUCUCAGCGUUCAAGACCAUCGACGCCACCUCGUACACCGACAUCGCGACCGUGAACGUGGACCGGUGCGUGCUGGACUUGGCCAUAGAGCCAACCGACUCGUAUGUGGCAGUGGUGGCUGUAGAUGAGCACGGGGAGUCAGAUUCUGUCGCGCGGGUGUUUGAGGUGGGGAGGCAGCGGGUGGUUGAGGAGCUUGGGGAUUUCGACGGGGAGGAUGAAGGGGAGAUGGAGGACGAGGGGGACGAGGGGGAGGAGGAGGAGGAGGAUGAUGAGCAGGAGGAGUUUGAUAGCCUUGAGGAGGAGCUGUUUGGCGGUGGGUUUUCAGAGGAUUUGGACGAGGAUGAGGACGAGGAUGGGUUUGGGCAGCCUAGGGUGAGGGCUGUGCGGGGGGGUGGUGGUGGGCGGGGGGUGAUGAAUGGGGAGGUGGAGGAGGGGGAGUAUCUGGGGAGCGAUUCGGAGGAUGAUGACGAGGCGGCGCAGGAGCUGAUGGAUUUGAUCAUGGAGGGGCCGUCGGAUGAUGAUCCGGAUAGCUUCAGCGAUGAGGAUGAUGAUGAUGACGAAGAUGAUACGGAGGAUGAAGAUGAAGUAGAUUUUGAUGAUGAUGAGUGGGAUAGAGAUUCUGAUGAAUCAGGCCCAGAUGAAUAGGGAAUUCAUGUGGUUAAUAGUAUAAUUUUCCAUGGGCAUUUCACUGCAUAGUGGGAAAUAAGGAAGCAGGUUCCUU